GAGAGAGAGGCGAGAGAGGAAGUCACUUUCUCUCUCGCUGUCCUGAGUCCGGGUACGCGAGGGAGUGCGAGCGUAGUCGUGUCCGAGCUGUGAGCCGAAGAGCCGGUGUGGCGCGGACCGUGCGAGCGUGUGGCGGUAUCGGUUGUGGCGACGUUGUGAAAUUGUUACUGUAUCUCAUUUUUCUAAUAACUGUGCUUUGAAAAAGAAGAAAGAUACUUUAAGAAGUAUACAUGUAUUAUUUAACUUUAUGAAAUCUUCACAGAUUUUAUUAUCAAUUUGAAAUUGGGAAAGAAAUAGCGGUUACAUAGAUCGGUGGCUAUGAUUCUUACAUGAAGAUGGCCUGUAAGUGGAGCUUUUGUGCAAAUAGUUGUCUGAGAGAAACCCUAUUACAGACAUUUCUGGAAUUUAAACUCUUAAAUUCUUAAGAACAGUAAGCAAGAAGAGUAAGUGAACUGCAGAGGAAACAGACGAAAGCCAGACAUACAGUUUGUACCAAGAAAGAACGAAAAGAAAAUACCAAACCAAGGAAAAGAAACCGGAGAAAUAAGAGAGACAGGGAGAGAAGGAAAAGGAAGAAAGCGAAGCACCAACUCCGGAACCCCCGAAAUAGGAUUCGAAGCCUCACACCUCCUCCCCACCGAAGCCAAGGAAGCGAGCCUCCACCAUGGCGCUGGCCCAUAUCAUCAACUCCAUUCCCAUCGCGACCGACGUCUUCACCGCGACCCUGUGGUUCUUCCCCGCCCUCCUCGCCGCCAUCGCCUACUACAAGUACGACGAGAUCGACCCCGAGUCUAGGCCUAUCAACAGGGAGAGGCUGUUCAAGGAGUACGACUUUAUCAUAGUCGGCGCCGGAUCAGCAGGCGCCGUGAUCGCCAACAGGUUAUCGGAAAACCCUUAUCACAGCGUGCUCUUGCUUGAGGCCGGAGGAGAUGAGACGGAGAUCAGCGACGUUCCUGCCCUGGCCGGCUAUCUGCAGCUCUCCAAGAUGGACUGGCAGUACAAGACGGAGCCACAGGAUUCGGCUUGCCUCGCCAUGGCUGGGAAGAGAUGCAACUGGCCCCGAGGCAAAGUGAUGGGCGGGUCCUCUGUCCUCAACUACAUGCUGUACGUGCGAGGAAACCGGCGGGACUACGAUCACUGGGAAGCCCUUGGAAACCACGGCUGGGGCUUCGACACCAUCCUCCACUACUUCAAAAAGUCGGAGGAUAACAGGAAUCCUUAUAUUGCUCGGAACUUGAAGUACCACGGCACCGGAGGCUAUCUGACGGUGCAGGAGGCGCCCUGGAGGACGCCCCUCGCCACGGCCUUCGUCGAGGGCGGAGUGGAAAUGGGUUACGAGAACAGAGAUUACAACGCCGAAUACCAGACAGGAUUCAUGAUCCCUCAAGGAACUAUCAGACGAGGCUCAAGAUGUUCGACCAGCAAGGCCUUCAUCCGACCCGUCAGGUUACGCAAGAACCUCCACGUCGCUAUGUAUUCCUUCGUGACAAAGAUCCUCAUCGACGAAUACACGAAGCGUGCUUACGGCGUCAAGUUCUUGAGGAACGGCAGAGCCCACGUCGCCCACGCCCGGAAGGAGAUUAUCCUAUCUGCAGGAGCUAUCAAUUCCCCGCAGCUCCUCAUGCUCUCGGGAAUAGGACCGAAAAAUCACCUCUAUUCGCACGGGAUCCCCGUCAUCCAGGACCUUCCCGUGGGCCACAACCUGCAGGACCACAUCGGCACGGGCGGCCUCGUCUUCCUGAUCGACCAGCAGGUGUCCCUCGUGCAGACCCGCUACGAGAACCUGCCUUCCGUCCUCAAAUACGCCAUGUUUGGUUCAGGUCCCCUCACCGUCCUGGGCGGCGUGGAGGGCAUCGCCUUCGUCAAGACCAAGUUCACGAACUACACAGACGACUGGCCCGACAUCGAGUUCCAUUUCAUCUCCGGCUCCCCAGCAUCCGACGGCGGGAGGCAGAUCAGGAAGGUGCACGGGCUCUCGGAGAAGGUGUGGCAGCAAAUGUUUAAGCCCAUAUCCUUCCGCGAUAGUUGGUCGGUGUAUCCUAUGCUUCUGCGGCCCAAGUCCCGAGGAUACAUCACCCUCCGAUCGGCCAGUCCUUUCGACAAGCCAUAUAUAACCCACAACUACCUGACUGACCCCCAAGAUGUCAAGGUUAUGAUUGAAGGCAUCAAGAUCGCCCUAGCCCUCGCCGAGACCAAAGCCUUCAAGAAAUUCGGCUCCCGCUUCUACACUCGCCCGAUGCCCGGUUGCGAGUACGCGACGCCCUGGACGGACGAGUACUGGGAGUGCCUGGCCCGGUCUUACACCUCGACCAUCUACCACCCGGUCGGAACUUGCAAGAUGGGGCCGUACUGGGACCCCGAAGCCGUGGUCGAUCCGGAGCUCAAAGUGUACGGAAUCUCAGGACUACGAGUGGCCGACGCAUCCAUCAUGCCGACGCUGGUAUCCGGAAAUACCAACGCCCCUGUCAUCAUGAUCGGCGAGAUGGUAUCGGACAUGAUCAAGAAAUACUGGGCCGGCAAGAAGAGAUAACAUCGCCCGCCAGCCUUUGUAGCGUCGCCAUGUUUUCCGGAUUCAGUUCGAUCCGUGAAUAUGUUCAAAAUUUGAAAACAGUGUUAUUUCUAAUGCUUGUGUUCGUGAAUUCUUGUUUUUGAUGUUUUGAUUUUUUAAAAGUUCUUGGUUUUGGUACCAUAAAGGACGCGCUGUGUGUUGUAUGUAGUGCGACGAUGCCCAAGCCCUCUCGCGAGAAACUGCGAGAACCGUGCGACUUUGUCCUUAAAAAGAAAGGAGAACAAAGUGAACAUACUCUGUACAAAGAAGACGUGAUUGCCAAAAGUGUACUUAUUGCUCAAUGCCCAAAACCUCUCGCAGGACCCCGGGCCGAGUGAGAAUGUGUCGGAGCCUCUGCUUUGGACAUUCAUUGCUCUCCGGCUCUGAAAGCAGCCCGAAGAGGUUCGAGGACCUGGGAACUUAGGACCAGAUCGAAGGAGAAAAGGGAGGAAGUGGAGUCACUAUGAGUGGCGUGCUAAAGCAUCUCCGACGGGAGGAAAGCGGUCGUGCAUCCGGUCCUCCGUCAGGAGUCAUGCUGAGGAGACAUGACUGACUAUAGCUGCGGGAUCAUGCGCGCCUCCUGAAAAUGCUAUGAAGCUCUGUGCCAUGCGAGGCUUCAGGAAUUAGAUAGCUCUUGGAAUAUGUGAAGUUCUGGAGCGCAGACCAAUGUGUCGAAAGCCAAAGGUGUGAUACGCAUUGGUGUUCCGGAGGCAGACUUGAAUUGCAAAGGGGUCUAAGUGAUUGAUGAUCAUGAAAAGAUGUAAAAAAUGACAAAUAAAAAAACGCAUUCCAGACGAGAAUGAUAUCCAGAGAUCUAUCAAGAUCUAAUACAAGAGACAAGAGGUUCAAAACCUCGCGAAUCUCAUACCCUCCUUCCCUCACAACCUCGCUCGCACGUUCCACGGAAUUAUGAAUGGGCGAAGGAUAACGUAAGGGAGAGGUCAUUCAUAAAAUGAGCAGUCAUUGUAGUACAGAAAUCCCCCCCCCUUAUUCCAUCUCCUCUUUCCGUCUCGUCCGCGUAGAUGGUGAGCUGGAAUUGCCAUCUACGUGAAUCAGGAAUAACCUUUGUUGAUUUUAGAAGUCCUACCUCCACAAGAAUCACUUUUGCUCCUGACUUGUUGAUUGUUUUGCAGUCAAUUCAUUUGUUGAACGUUCAUACAAUAGUUUUGUUUUAUUAGUAACAUUAAUCUUUUUUGUUGCCGUUUUAUUAAAUGCUUCAUUUUUAUUCGCUUCUUCAUGUCAUUCAGUUGAAAGGUCAUUUCACCAGUCUUCUUUAUUUUGUUUUAUCAUGGGCAUAUGUUUGUAUAUAUCAUUUGUUGUUUUAAUAUAUAUAUGUAAGGUUAUUUUUUCAUCAAUCAUUUUCGAGAAGAUAAGUGAAGAAAAAAACUGUAAAAAGAGAGACACUUUCUUUUUAUUAAAUCGGUAAUUUUUUUCGUCCAAAGAUUAUCGUAGGCUUGUUAAACCAAUGUAUUCUUAACGUCGCACGGGAAAGGUGCUAACCAUGCUUCAGUCACUCGUAACGUGCCAUGCCUAGAACUUAAGGUGUCUGAAUGGUCGUAGUAACAGGUGGUUUGCAUCAUUACCUUCCAUGUGCGUGUUUGUCUGUGCGUCCCGGCAGGUGUCCGGGCCACAAGGGGGGAGCGGUGGGGUCUACCGUGUACUAAACGUUUUUUUCUGAUUUCGUUAGAGUUAGUGGCGCUAUUAGUGUUAUACUCAAUUAUUCAUACCUCUCUCUCUCUCUCUCUCUCUCUCUCUCUCUCUCUCUCUCUCUCUCUCUCUCUCUCUCUCUCUCUCUC